AUGUCUGCGAAGCCGCCAAGUGCCGCUGCUGCAGCCGCCGCCGCCGCUGCUGCUGCAGCGCUUGGCGCGGGCGCGUCAGUGGAAGGCCUCCCCACGUCCCCCGCCGGAUACCCCCCAGCUGCUCCCGCCACGUCUCCCGCUGCAAAAACCAAAACACCUCCACCACCACCACCACCACCACCACCACUAGCAGCAACACCAGCAACAGCAGCAGCAGCACCCGCAGCAGCAGCAGCAGCAGGGAAAAAAUCUGGCGGUGGGGGUGCAGCAGUAGCAGGAACCGGCGGUGGUGGUUCCCCUCCAUCGGCUUCCGCCCCUGCUGCCACGUCUCCUGCUGCCGCAGCCACAGAGCCCAUGGCCGUUACGGACCCUUCCCCUGCUGCAACCCCUGCGCCCACUGCUAGCGCUGGUGGUGGUGGUGGUGCUGCUGCUGCUGCUGCUGCUGCUGCUGCUUCUGCUGCUGCUGGUGUUGGUGCUGCGGCCAGUGCUCCUACCGGUGCCACGGCCGUGCUAUCUCCAUCCACGUCAGCGUGCACGAAGCCUGCCACGUCAUCAUCGCUGUCAUCCGCACAGCAGGCGCCGUCUGAGGGGAGGAAGAUAUCCUGCGAGGACAUUCAGCUGGUGCAGAACCUGAUCGAGCGGUGCUUGCAGCUGUACAUGAGUGAGAGGGAGGUGGUGUCAACGUUGCAGUUCCAGGCCAAGAUUGAACCCGGCUUCACCAAACUCGUGUGGCAGAAGCUAGAAGAACAGAAUCCGGACUUCUUCCGUUCGUACCACAUGCGCCUGCGACUCAAGGACCAGAUCCACCAGUUCAACUCCCUGCUUGAACAGCACGCCCACGCCUUCUACCCCACACCCUUCACCCACCCCGCCCUUGCCCACCCGCUUGAUUGUCACAUCCCCCCUUUCCCCCAUUCUCCCAUCCGCCCUUCCCCCCAACAUGCAUGUCGCAGCUCCCCCUUUCAUGGACCCUCGAUAAAAAACCUCCCCCCCUCUUUCCCCCGUUUCCCACCCCCCCAAUCAGUGCACGGCGCAGCGCCCCCUUUCAUGCACCCUCACGCAGCCGCCGCCGUCGCAGCAGCAGCAGGGCACCACCCCCACCACCCCCCCCACAUGCUCCACCACCCCUACUCCAUGCUUCCCCCGGGCCAGCAUCCCCCCCACAUGGCCCCCCACGUCCCCCCAGGCGCGCCCAUGCCUCCCCCCAUGAUGCCCGGCAUGCUUCCCCCGCACAUGCUCCCCUUUGGCCCGCACCCCCACCCCCACGCUCACCCCCACCCGCACGCCCACCCCCACUCUCACCCUGCUUCUGGUGCCGCUGGUGGUGGUGGCAGUGGUGGCGGUGGUGGCGGUGGUGGUGGUGGUGGGGGGAAUGGUGGUGGGGGAGGGAGUGAGAUGGCGGUGAUAGGGGUUCCGUCCUCUGCUAAUGCUCAUGCUGCGGCCAUGCAAGCCCACGCACAUGGGAUGGCCCAUGCCCAUGCCCAUGCCCAUGCCCAUGCCAUGACCCACAUGGCCCAUGCUUCAAAUACCUUCGCUGCUGCUGGUGCUGCAGCAGGGAGGUUUGAUGCAAAGGGGGAGAUGGGGGCAGCAGGGGGGGCGGGGGCUGCAAGGGCAGAGGGCGGGGAGAUGGGGGCUCUAGGCGCGGAUGGUGCAGGCGCGGGGGGAGGAGAGGCUGUGGAGAUGGGGGGAUUUGCGGAAGGAGGGGUGGGGAUGGGGGGAGAGGAUGGAAUGGGGGACAUGGGGGGCAUGGGGGGAAUGGGGGGAAUGGGGGGCAUGGGGGGGACGGGGGGAAUGGGCAUGGGGGGGAUGCUGAAGCUAGAGCCAGUGGAGGGUAUGGAAGGGGAGGAUGGGGAGAAUCUGGAUCUAGACGUGGGCAUGGAGGAGGGGGGUGGGGAGGAGGCGUUGGGAGCAGGGGCAGGAGGAGGAGGGGGAGGAGGAGAGGGAGGGGGCGGAGGAGAAGAGGGGGCAGGAAGGGCGGGGGCGAGUGAGGAUGAUGAUGACAUGGCAGGGGUGGGCGGCGCUGCUGAGCUGGACAGCGACGGGAGUGACAUGGCAUUUCCGUUUGGUUCGGUUGAUCUGUCAGGGAUAGGCAUGGGCAUGGGUAUGGGCAUGGGCAUGGGCAUGGGCAUGGGGCUGACGGCUUUAGAUGUAGGGCCAUUCUCGUCCUCUCUCGCUCUCACUUCGACCAAUCACGAGGCGGCGUUUGGGUCUCGGGGAGAGGGGGAUGGGGAUGGUGGAGGGGAGGCAGGACACAACCAAGGAUCACAUCACCACCCCCAUCACCACCCCCAUCACCACCCCCAUCCACAUCAUCCCCAUCAGCAGGAGCAUCAGCACCCCCACGAGCAUCAUGCUAGCAUGGACACAGACCGAUCUCACAGCCAUCACCACCAUAGCCAUAGUAGCCACGGGCAGCAGCAGCAGCAUCAGCAUCAUCAGCAGCACUCAACAGAUGGCCAUGGCCAUGGGCAUGGGGAUUUAAUCGCAGCCACUGAUCGCCUUGACCCCACCAACCACAACGGCCAUGGCCCGUCAAGCAGAGGGGCAGGGGUGCAUGGGACAGGCACAGGGGCACAGGAUAGUCCAGGCAUGCAUGACAGCACAGGCGCACACCAACCCUCUGCUGCUCUUCCCAGGGAAGUCGCCCUGGGGUUGCUGGGGCACCUUCCAAGAAACUUCAGCCUCUCUGACUUGACUGCAGACUUCCCCGGUCCUCAAAGUGAAGGCGGCCACAUGCUGGGGCUGCUGCCGGGCUCUCCACCUUUCAUGAAUGCCGACGAUGCUGACAUGCCAAUCAGCCCCACCUAUGCUUUCCCAUGCCUCCACUCUUCCCCUCCUGCCCCUCCUUCCCUUCCUGCCCGCCCUCUUCUCCCCCAGGCGGCCACAUGCUGGGGCUGCUGCCGGGCUCUCCACCUUUCAUGA